AUAUAUAUUUUUGGUAUAUCUUGUAUAGAGGAGAUCAAAAUCUUUGAUGGCUCAACCGGCAGAAAAAAAUAAGGCAGAUGCAGCAUAUUUAAGAGGAGAUUUUAAGACAGCAGAGGCUUUAUAUACACAGGCACUUUUAAAGUCACCAGAUGAUGAACGACUUUGGACAAACCGUGCACAAACAUAUCUUCAACUUAGUCGAUGGCAGGAAGCAAUAAAUGAUUGUUCAGAAGCUUUGAAAAGAAAUCCGUAUAAUUUAAAAGCACUUUUUCGGCGUGGAAAAGCUUAUGAACAACAAGGAGAUAUUAAAGCAGCAAGAGAAGAUUGGAAUAAGGUUUUAGUUCGAGAUCCAGAAAAUCAGACGAUUCAAGAAGCAUUGCAUCUAUUAAACAAAACUAAUAUAAAUUGUGCGGAUGAAAAAGUGGUAAAAAGAAUACCAAUUGCUAUUAAAGAGGUUGAAACGUUGCCUUCAUGGGCAGAAAAUCAAUAUCAACAUAAUUUUAGUACAAAGGAAUAUAAUUCAUCAUCAAAUGGUGUGAAAUGUGAAAGAUCAAUAAAAGAAGAAAUACCAACAUUACAAAUACUUGAACAAAAACUUAGAAUAAUGGAAGAAACAGAAAUAUUAAAACAUCAAAAACUUAUGUAUUUUUUUUCUAUUAACUAUACGAUACUACCUCGUCUUUUUGGUACAGCAGGACUAGAGGGUAUUUUUUUAGAAACCUUUUUACACUCAAUUAAGUAUGCAUAUCAACAAGAAGAUAAAACUAAAUGGUGGAAACAAAGUCUUGGUAUUCUUCAAGAAUUAUCUCGCUGUUCUCGGUUUGACCUUGCAAUAUUGUUUGUAAAACGAACAAUAUUGGAAGAUAUGAAUCAAUUAUUUGAAAAAGCAUUAACAGGAAUGGAAGAAAAGAUAAAAGAAUCAUACAUAAUGAUUUGGAAAACAUGGAUGAAUCAAUAA